AUGACCAAGACUGUUGAUGAAGCUAAGGUUCUUAUUGAGAAUCUUGCAGCUAGUGAUUGUAACAACUGUCCUGAUUAUGACCGCUCAAGCCGCACCACUACUAGCUCCCCUGAUUCUUUUCAAAUGACUGAACUCAAGAACAUGAUGGCUCAAGUUCUUAAGGGACAGCUCAAGCAUAUCAAUGCAAUAGAAGGGAUGAGUGAUGCUAAUGAAGAUUCAUCAAGAGAAUGCAUGGGAGAUUUCUCUAAUGAAGCCAAUGAAGAAGAUGUGAACUACAUUGGAAACUAUGGGAACAAGGGAUACAAUCCAAGCUAUCGCCCAAACCCCAACAUGUCUUAUAGAAACCCCAAUGUGGAGAAUCCUCAAGACCAAGUGUAUCCUCCAAGGUAUCCACAACAACAAAGACCUCCUUACCAAUCUCAAGGAAGUCAAUUUCAGCCAAGGCAAGGAUAUGAGCAGAGAUCAUCAUAUCCGCCCAAGGAGCCAUAUGCUUCUUCACCAAAUCAAGCUCCUCCAAACCAACAAGGUGGGAGAUUUGAAGGAAUCCUCCAACAGAUCAUGGAUGGCCAGAAGAGAAACACUAAAGAGAUGUAUGAGAAGAUGGACACUUUGUUCAGCAAUCUCAACACCAAGUAUGAUGCUGUUGCCACUCAUGUGAAGAAACUAGAGACUCAAGUCACUCAAACUAUGGAAGCUGUUAAGAGACAGGAAGCUGAAUCCAAGAAGUCCUUUUGCAACUCAGCCGCCAUAGAAGAAAGAUUUGAAGACCAAGUUCCAGAAUGGAUGCUUUCAAAACCUACUGUUGAUUGCAUGAUUUGGCCUGAAGAGAAUUACCCAGAGAGAGAGUCCAAUCGAGCUAGAAAGAGAAGACUCUUCCCAAAGAUUAUCCCCAAGACAGAUAACUCAGGAAAGUUUGUGUGCCUUGUAUCAUCAAAGAUUGGAAAUUGCUCUAUCCCUACUGAUUUCCAGAUUGUGGAAAUGAGAGAGAGUAGCCAUAGACCUCUCAUAUUUGGAACCCCUUUCCUGUCUACUGUGGGUGCCAUAUUUGAUUUCCCCAAUCAAAGAAUCUCUUUCAACAAGGUGAACAAGGGUAUGUUCUUCCCUAUGUGUUCAACAAAGAACUCUUUUGUUGACAUGGUCCAAGAGGAGAAAGUUACUUUGAAGCCACCCCAAGAAGGAGAAACUGAAGAAACAAUCAAGGAAGAUCCCAUUCCUAAGCCCAAGCAGCUUGCCAAACAAGCAAGGAGUAAGACUAAGGCCCCUACACCAAAACCGCCCAAGGGAUCAACCAAGAUUGAAGAUGAGGCCAAGCCAAGAAGGAAGGUUAGAAAACCUAGGUCUGGCCGCAACAUGAAGCUUCUAUUCCCAAAGGAGCUUAUUGAUGAGAAUCUAGAAGGAUUCAAGGAGAAAGUGACAAGAACUCUAAAGCUUUUUCCUAAGGCAGUAGUGCCAAGGGACAUUCAUGGAGAGAUUGUCUAUCCAGCUGUGAAUCACCCACCAGAUACUCAUUGCAAGGAGAAAAGACUUGGAGGAUCAAAGAUGCCUCUUGUCUCCAUCUUCUCCUGA